AUGGAGGUGCAGCGCCAGCACUUCAGGAAGUUCCGCUACCAGCAGGUGGAAGACCCCCGGAGGAUCCACCUGCAGCUGCAGGAUCUCUGCCACCGGUGGCUGAAGCCGGAGAGACGCAGGAAGGAGCAGAUCCUGGAGCUGCUGGUCCUGGAGCAGUUCCUGGCCAGCCUCCCAACAGAGCUGCAGAGCUGGAUCCGAGCAGGAGGACCGGAGUCGUGUUCGCAGGCGGUGGCCCUGGCAGAGGAGUUCCUGAUGGCCAGCCAGCAAGACUUGGCCAAGGCUGCAGAGUGGCAGGUGAGGGUUUGAGGUUUAAUUUCCAGAAUCUUGAAGAGGAUAGCGCUACCUUUCCCAAGUACCGUAUUUUUCGCUCCAUAAGACACACUUUUUUUCCUCCUAAAAAGUAAGGGGAAAUGUGAGUGCGUCUUAUGGAGCGAAUGGCACUGCGCAGAGGAGAACUGCACAGCGCCCCUUCAGCGAUGCGCCUGUCCUGCGAAGCCGGAGGAGGAACAGAAGGGUCUCCUGUUCCUUCUCCAGCUUCGCUGAAGGGGCACUGCGCAGUUCUUCCUUCUCAAAGAGGGAGAACUGUGCAGCGCCCCUUCAGCGACGCGCCUGUCCUGGCUUCUGCCAUAGCCGUGUGCAGCCUCUUGGGGCAGGGGGAGCCUUCAUCCCGCUGCCCUGAAGAGGCUUAGCGUGGUUAUCCCAGAAGCCAGAACAGCCACACGGUAUCCCAGAAGCCAGAUCCCUCUUGCUGUUCUGGCUUCUGGGAUUCAGAAUAAUUUUUUCUUGUUUUCCUCCUCCCAAAACUAGGUGCACCUUAUGGUCUGGUGCGUCUUAUGGAGCGAAAAAUACGGUAGUUUCCUUCCAGAUGUUUCAAACUACAACUCACAUGAUCCCUGAGCAUUGGCCAUGUUCCCUGGGGCUGAGAGGUGUUUCUGUUUUCAGCCACCUGGAAUGCAGCAGGUUGGGGAAGUCUAGGAUAUGGGAACAAAAUAUGGACAAGGUUGUUGCCAUCAUCCAGGGUGCUCAACGUUGAUUGAUUCAGUCUUAGGCCACAUUCAUGCCACCCAUUUAAACACUGCGACACCACUUUCAACACUCAUGGCUUUCCCCAAAUAAUUAUGGGAGCUGUAGUUCAUCAAGGGUGCUGAGAGUUGUUCCCCUCACUCCGCUACAGUUCUCAAAGUGGUUUCCCAGUCAGUUAACCCUGGGAAUUGUAGAUCUGAGGGGAAUAGGGGCUUCCUUACAACUCUCAGCACACUUAACAUACUACAGUUCCCAGAAUUCUUUGGGAGAACCCAUGACUGAUUAAAGCAGUGUCACACCACUUUAAUGUACAGUGGUACCUCAGGUUAAGUACUUAAUUCGUUCUGGAGGUCUGUUCUUAACCUGAAACUGUUCUUAACCUGAAGCGCCACUUUAGCUAAUGGGACCUCCUGCUGCUGCUGCGUUGCCGCUGCACGAUUUCUGUUCUCAUCCUGAAGCAAAGUUCUUAACCCGAGGUAAUAUUUCUGGGUUAGUGGAGUCUGUAACCUGAAGCAUAUGUAACCCGAGGUACCACUGUAUAGUGUGAAUGUGGCCGUAGAGCUGUUGUCUAAUUCAAGGAGAUAACUCUUAGUAAAAUAUUAGUAGCCCUAUUGGGAACACACACACAGAGGGUGUCACCCCUUUAACUCCUCAAAUGGAGCUCCCAAAAAAAUACUGUUUCACUUAGAAUUAGUAUCUGGAGGCAAAGAUACUGUUAGUAAUAUUUUACCAGCUCAGGCAGCUGCAGUUAUUUGUUUUUCCCAAAAAGGAAAACGAAAGUUGAAGUUAUCCUGUUCCUUUGUGACGUCACAAUGGAGUCUAGACUUCCCCACCGAGUGGUCCGCUUCCAAAAAGAAAAGAUCACUUUAUUCCAGUCUAUUUUCUAAAGAGACUAAUUAAAUAAAAAGUUUCUCUCCCCCCCUUCCCCCUGCUAGAAGGGGAAUCUGAAGGUUCAACUUGAAAGUCUUUUAAAAGUCUUAUUUUAAAUCCCUGCUUCGGCUACGGUAGCUGCUUUCUCCUUUAUUCAGCGGGAAGGGACCGACCUCCGUUUUUAAGUCCCUUUCCUAUCAAAUUUAAUGUCCAGAUUUAUUUCCUUUUUACUCACAAUUUUCCAAUUAAUUUUUGGACCGCUCCAAAAUUUUGACCGCUCACGAUUGCCGGACUCGGAGCUUCGUGCAGUGAAGAAAGCGAAUCUGUUCCCAAGUGCCUCCAUCUCCAACCCCACUCGCUCUCGGAGCUCUUUUUAAGAGCCUACCGGGGAGCAGGGGAGUCGUUCCAGGCACCCGCAGGAAACCAGGUCCUCAGAAUGCUCAAACUGAGGUUUUUUCCGGGGUACCGCGAUGCUCUAGCGGUCUCCCCAGCCUUCAAUGCACCAGUGCUCUUUCAUUCGAAAGAGCUCCCGUCCGCCAUACUGGGCGACCAACCGGAAGUCGCGGCUGCACGAUUUCUGUUCUCAUCCUGAAGAACACAGAGGGUUGUCAGCUAACCAGCUCUGCCCUGCUUUUGUGCUUUUAGGCAGCUGCUUGAAUGCAGGGAUAGGUGUUAGGUACGAAUUUACCACACAGCACCGAGGGAGAAAAGCAGCAAUUGCCUACCAGUGUCAGUGAAAUCAAACUGCUGCUAAGCCCAGGAACGAGGCUGAUAGAAAAGCUGGCAGCCCUGCUUUUCAGAGGCUUGAAAUGACUGCAAAUGCCCAAUGUUAUCUUCUUUUUUAGUUGCCUUUUUGUUUUGCAAAUGUAACAAAAAGGGAAAAAAAGAGAAACACAAUCUGCCCACGUUAAGGGUUAAAGUAAUCCACCAGUCCUGACUUAGACACAUGAAUUAAUAUAAGCAGUCCAUAUGCCGAAAGAGAUACCCAAACAAAGUUGAUGAUUAUAAGAGAUAAGUUUAAAUGCAAGAAGGGCAGCUUCUAUGUCAGGGGUCAGCAAACCUUUUCAGCAGGGGGCUGGUCCACUGUCGCUCAGACCUUGUGUGGGGGCCGGACUAUAUUUUUUUGGGGGGGGGGGGAAUGAACGAAUCCCUAUGUCCCAUAAAUAACCCAGAGAUGCAUUUUAAAUAAAAGCACACAUUCUACUCAUAUAAAAACAAGCUGAUUCCUGGACCGUCCGUGGGCCGGAUUUAGAAGACGAUUGGGCCGGAUCCAGCCCCCAGGUCUUAGUUUGCCUACCCAUGUUCUACAUUUACGAGCAUCUUCAAGUCCUAUGGAUAAGGAUAUCUUUAAAUUCUUCACCAAUCGUAUCGUCUUUUUUUCUCAGAAGCCACUGCCGGAGGGUUCUCUGGAGGCUGAGGAAACAGAGGAGCAAAGCAGUAGCAACUGUCUCUGUUUGCUGGGUAAGGCUUCCACUUUGGCAUUAAGGCUAUGAUCAUAGCUGUCAAUGUUUCCCUUUUUUUAAGGGAAAUUCCCUUAUUCCAAAUAGGAUUCCUCGCAAGAAAAGGGAAAAGUUGACAGCUAUGGCUAUGAUCCCCUUACACAUGCUUCUUCAGAGUUUGCCCUACAGAAGCAUAUGCAGAAGGAGCUGCAAAUUCAGAAAAGUGGGAUGUGCCACCUGAGAGAUGACAGAAGGAAGAUUAAAAUUUUGAAGGCCGUGUGUUUGAAAGAAGCAACGCCAGCACCUGAUAACUGCCUUCUGCAGGAGGGUUUCCCCUUCAGUCCCCCAAAAUGUCAGAAAUCUGCUCAGAGCAGGGCUUGCAGUGUGGCUGCUGCUGUUCUAUGGAACAGCAUUCCUGUCGCUGUCUGCACUACUUGGAAGCAGCAGGAGGUGUUUUUGUUCCAACAAGCUGCCCCAGAUGGGUAAAUUUCCCUCUGCUAUUAGCGUCCAUUUUGCAUCGUUCUUAAAGCCAUCUUCAGUUUGUUUUCUGUUCUAUUUUUUGGGCUGUCCUUCUGGUGUAUUUGUAAAUCCCAUUGAAACAUAAAUGAAAGGCAAUAAAAUGAUGAUGAUGAUGAUGAUGAUGAUGAUGAAAUAAUCUGCCUUCUGUCCUUCGCAGGCAGUGGAAGUCAAGGUCCAAGGGAUCACAGCAACUUGCUUCCUCCUGAAAAACUGGAAAUGGCCAUGUCGGGUCAGGCUAAGGUAUGUUCACUUUUAAGGAGCAAGACCUAGGUUGUCUAUUUCUGUGUCAUUUAAACUAUUUAAUUUAUGUAUACGCAGGUUACUUGCCAGAAUGACUUCUAAGUGAUUUAUUAGUAAAACCAUCCCUAAGAAUAUAGCCACACAUCAUUAUGUUUUCCCUCUCUGUCAAAUCCUAAAUUGUGACGCACCUCUGGAUAGGGAGCCCUCGCCAGGUCCGUGUAUAUUGAUGUCGCCCUAUAAGCAAUCUUGUCCAUCUCUCAUUCUCAGGGGCUAAUGAAUCUCGAGGAAACUUCACACAUGGACCAGACCACCCCAGCCCAGCCAGGCCAGAGGACCAUGUUUUGGCAAGUCAUGCAGGAAGACGAUAGAGAUACAGAAUCUUUGGGUAAGUCUCUGCUCCAUUAAAGCCCUGAUAUAUCGAUUCUUUGCAUGACGGGUCCAAACAUACAAUUCAAUACAAACCACAAUAUUUGUUGGUUUCUAAAAAGACUCGGGCAGCGCUUUUGUUAGACUGUUUUGAGUUCAAAUUGCUUUUCUUAUCAAUAGUUCAUUUUUGUUGUCAAUUGUUUUUUUAAAAAGCCAAAAACUGCCAGGAAGAAUCAAUGCAUGUUCUUUGUGACAGAAAUAAUAAUAAUAAUUAUUAUUAUUUUUCUGUCUGUCUCUCUCAAACUUAAGAGGGACUCUUGAUUCCUAAACCUGACCCUGCCUCUCACCAUGAAAAAGAAGAGGAGAUCUUUGUCCAGUUUCCUGUGGAAAAUGAAGGAUUCCCAAGUCAAGAUUCAGGUAAGGGGAUAGAGAACCCAAAAUGGCAAUUCUUGUAACACACAAAAAUUCCUGUGUUUUAAUGUUGCCUUUCUGCCAAAGUGCUCUUGGUGGUGUAAAUGGAUUGUCGCCCACUCCUUUCUUAAUCCACAAGGUAGGUUAGGGGUGAGGGAUGCUGUUUGGGACAAGAUCGCCCUUGCAAGUCUCAUGGCUGAAUUGGAUUUGAACUUGGGUCUUCCUCAGUCUUAGUCAGAUGCUCUAACUGCUACACCACAUUGCCUCUGAAGAACUCUGGGGUUCCCCUUAGAGGACUGGAGAACAUCCUUGCCUCUGUCUUCUCUCUCCCAAGAUGGUUUCCCCAGAGAUUUUUCUAAUGUUCUCAGGCUUAGCAGAAGCAGCAGAAAGUAUUUGGCUAAAAAUCUGAAGAGGUCUUUUUUGUUUUUUGUUUCCAUGCAGUUUUGCAAAAAGUGGUGUAGUUUUAUUUUAUUUUUAAAUAGAAGUCUCUUAUUUGUGAAUGCAAAAAUAAGCUGGAAUGUAUGGAUGAUGCUUGAUGAAAUCUCAGAACGUAGGACGUUGUCUGCCUUUAUAAGAGCCACAUGGUUCUUAAUGGGCAGCAGGCCUCUCCUGGAUCUGCUCUCUGAAAAUGAACAUGGGGUCCUCUGACUACAAUGCACAUGCUCCAUUGCUGAGGUCUAAACUUCAUUUUACAGUAGGAGUGGGGAAGUUCAGGUCUGGGGGUGGAAAAUGGCCCUUGAGACCUUUCACUGAGGCCCUCAAGACUCUUCCCGGGCCAUACCUUGCUUCACACCCUUCUUGAGCAUUUUUGCGUAGCUGAAAUGCAUUAUUGCUUCCUUGGCCAGAGGAUGGGGAGUGUGUGUGCGCGCAAGUGUUUGUGUGGCCUGUGUGGUAUUCCUUAGUGCCUAUGGCAGGGGUGGGGAGCCCCUCAGUCAUGCCUUUCUGUCCAGCUUUCCCCAAGCCAUACAUCCUAAUGGCUCUGUUUGAUGCCCUCCGCAAGUGGCGUUUGUCUGAGCUGGAAUGUGACCUUGAACAUUUGCUUCUUGCCCUGCCCACCGCUGGCAUGCGGUCCCUGGAAAGUUGCCCAGAAGGGAGUGUGGCCCUCUAGCUGAAAAAAGAUUUCCCACCCCUGUUUUACAUUAAAGAGCUGUGUGUCUUUUGCCAAACACAGGUAUAAAUGUUUUCUUCAUACGUGUUCUUACUAUGCCUGUAUUUCCCCUUAACAUUUGUUCUACGGCUCGCUCCUGUUUAUGCUCUGCCACUGUCUCUGAGUCCCGUUUUAUGCCUCUGGCACCUGUAUUGUUUGGGCGUCACAAUUUAUCCCACUGUGCUUCCCUGCACCACACCUCCCCUCCCGUCCUGCGUCGCUCUCAUAAAUCCUGGUUUCUGCAUAAUUGCGCCGUACUCAAAUAUGGUGGGUGGCACUGUGGUCUAAACCAAUGACCCUCUUGGCCUUGCCGAUUGGAAGGUUGGCGGUUCGAAUCCCCACAACGGGGUGAGCUCCCAUUCCUCUGUCCAGCUCCUGUCAACCUAGCAUUUCGAAAGCACACUAGUGCAAGUAGAUAAAUAGGUACUGCUGCGGUGGGAAGGUAAACAGUGUUUCCAUGCACUCUGGCUUCCAUCACGGUGUUCUGUUGUGCCAGAAGCGGCUUAGUCAUGCUGGCUACAUGACCCGGAAAGUUGUCUGUUGUGGACAAAUGCCGGCUUCCUCGGCCUGAAAGCGAGAUGAGCACUAUAACACCAUAGUUGCCUUUGACUGGACUUAACCAUUCGGGGGUCCUUUACCUUUACCUGUUGUUGUUCAUGUUCACUGUUUCCCCAACUUAGGGAUAGAUGGAGAAAUCUGUGCCUUUAUUGAGAACUGGGGGUGACUCUUUUCAAACAACUGGACUGUCUCCCAGUUGCUAUGGAUCUCGGAUGAGACAAGGACCCGUGACUACGAGAGGAAUUGGCUACGGUGCUGGCGAGAAGCAGGGCAUCUGUGGAAGGGCGACUAGGCCUUCCUGGAAGGGAACAGCCACCAGGGAGUAGCAGACGCGGCUCUUUUUCGAAUGGCUGAGCCAGUUCCCGCACGUCAAGCAGGACCUGGCAGUGCCACGUUACCGACAUCAUUGACCACUGGCAGAAAAGGAUGAGGAACACUGCCACCAGUCAGGCAACCAAACCUUCCCAGGUUCAGCUGAACAAUUUGGGGCCGUCAGCUUCAAGAGCAUCUGAGGGUGAAUGUCUUCCUUUCUCCAGUGGAACAGCACUUUCAGGUUUGUGUUGGAUCAGCGUCUCGCCCAGCUCAUCCCAGUUAAGCAUUCACAUUUCUUUAGUUUGAUUUUUGAUUCAUACAGAACCCAUACAAAAAUGCCACAAAGUUGGUCUCCGCACAUUCAGAUGUUUGGCCCUACCUUUCUCUCCAGGUGGGACAGGGUGAGGGGCUGUUGUGGUUCUCUCCCAACAACAGCACAGUUUAUCCUCCUGUUUUAACAGACCUGUUCCACUCGUGUCCUUUAGUGCAAUCUGACUUGCUUCACUCUGCCCUCUUUCUUUUUCUCCAGGCUUGGAUGUUGAACCUUCUUCCACAAAAACCUAUUUACUCAAUAGUCCCAACCCUGCAAAUUGUAUGUCCACGCUCACAGGGUGCCAUCUAACUAUGGGAUCGGAGGUUUCACAGGGCCUCUGUGGAGCCAUCCAAGGACAAAGGUGGACCUUACACACUUUGCCAGCCCAGUUCUAAUAUUCCUUUUUUUGUACCACGAGCUGGGUUGUUUAUAUAAUAUUCCCUUCAGUUUUGUUGCAUUUCACUUUUUCUUUUUUUUAACAUUGCAAUAGAUUUCCUUGCAAUUUUUGGAAUUUGUUGCUGUGUACCUUUAUACCAAGGGACGCGGGUGGCGCUGUGGGUUAAACCACUGAGCCUCUGGGGCUUGCCCAUCAGAAGGUUGGCGGUUCGAAUCCCUGCGACGGGGUGAGCUCCCGUUGCUUGGUCCCUGCUCCUACCAACCUAGCAGUUUGAAAGCACGCCAAAGUGCAAGCAGAUAAAUAGGUACCGCUCUAGCAGGAAGGUAAACGGUGUUUCUGUGCGCUGCUCUGGUUCACCAUAAGCGGCUUAGUCAUGCUGGCCACAUGACCCGGAAGCUGUAUGCUGGCUCCCUCAGCCAAUAAAGCGAGAUGAGCGGUGCAAACCCAGAGUCAGUCACGACUGGACCUAAUGGUCAGGGGUCCCUUUACCUUGACCUUUACCUUGACCUUUAUACCAAACCCGCCAAUAGAAAAAGUGGAAAAGCUUUUUUAAAAAGGCUUAAUAAAUAAUAAAUCAAAACCUUUGCUUCAUAUUAUUUUGCCUAGUUGUCUUGUGUUGUGAUGAGGAGUGUGGGCAGGUUUCUUUGGCAUCGAUUGGCCUUGUUGCUUGAGGUGCCUUUUUUGUUGUUGUUGAGGGGAACUAGAACAGGGACAGAAUUCUUCUCUCUUUUCUCUCCAGGAGACAGGAAGGGAAGAAACAUCAAGAGCGAGGAUUCUCAACAGACAGAAAUGGGCUUAAAGAGAACACGUAGGACACCUGCAGAAGUAUCCCAGAAGAACCUCAGUCUGAGAGCUGCAGUUUGUGGGCAAAGAUGCAAGUCGAAAUUUGUGAAGGACCAAAACGAAUGCUGUGAACCUGUGGAAGGUCUUAGAGCUGCUGUUAACCAAACCUCUGUAGUGAAAACAAGGGGAAGAGCACCCUUGUCAUCCAAGUAUGCUAAAAAGCACCUCUGCAGAUCAGGACGUCUCUUGAAACCUACCAGGGAAGACUCUCGUGAGAGUACUACGGGGAGGGGAAACUUCCUGCAAAAGUCCCGUCUUGAUAAAUAUCGGAGAACCCAGACAGGAGAGAAAUGGUAUGAAUGUCCUGAGUGUGGGAAAAGCUUCACUCGCAGAGGAAAUUUGAGGAGGCAUCAGAGGAUACAUACUGGAGAGAAACCAUACAAAUGUCCCGAUUGCAGGAAAUGCUUCAGGCAGAGUGGGCAUCUGUUGAGGCAUCAGGCGAUACAUAUGAGAAAGCACUUCGUAUAAAGUGAUCUCACAGCCAGUGAUCUCACAAACACACACACUGCUUCAUUAGCGAAUUAAUUUUAAGAGCAAGUCAGCGGACUAGCUUCCAUUACAUUCCAGCAGUUGACCAUUGUGUGGCUGUUGCUCUGAAACAACUGGGAGUUAAAUCUAUUACAAGCCUAGGGACAAACCAGCAGGUCCCAGUUUACCUUCUGCCUAGUCUUUCUUUUUUAUGACUUUGCUGUGACUGACUGAUACAGCCACUCCUUUUGGAAUUUGCAUGGAAAACUAAGAGGACCAACCGGCCGUCCUAUUUUACAAAGCUGCUUUCCCCCGAAUUAAAAUACAGAUGUUGGACCACAUAAUGAUAACUAAAGAACCUUGGUUCAAAGAAGCAUGCUGUGCCCAACUUGCAUGCUGGUGCAUUCUCCCUAAGAAACCAGGAUUUGUAAGAUUAUCAAAACAUUCCACCUUGUUUACCGAAACUGGCUUGUUGGGCGAAAUGAACUAUUAUCUCGGGUUUGGAGCAGUGCUAAGAUAUCCCCCUUCCUUGUUUAUUUAUUUACCGCCUCACACAAAGAAAGGCAUGAAAGAGGAGGGAUCAGGCCUUUGGGAAGGGCUGGGGCUCAGAGCCAAAGCAUCUGUUUUUCAUACAGGGGGUCCCAGGUUUUCAUUCCCCAGGCUGGGCUGGGGAAAGGAUUCCUGCCUGAAUGCUGAGAUAAGAUGGUGCCCGGCACACUUCCCCUGUGCUGAUGGACGCUUGUGCCGAUAGGAAAAACUUGAACUCUAGCAGAGUUCGUAGCAGAGUUCUGCAGCGGUAGAAAGUGUUGCCUUGUGUGUGGAUAAUAAAUCAGACUGAACGACUUCCGGGGUGGUGCCACCGGCAAUGGCGGACUCCCUCUGAACUGGAGGGACUGGCUCUGCGGUAAACAGGGUCUACUCCGCUACGGUGAAGCGGGGACCCCUUCAAAAUCACAGGCGGAUGAAGCCUGUGACCGUGGGACUUGGCGGGCACCUUUAGCGGGCCCCCCAAUCCGCUAAGGAACCCACUAACGGGCUCCAAAGUGAGGAGGGGGAAGCGGCGUGGUGCUGUGAGUCAAACGCUAUUUCCGUGGAGCAAAGCCGCAUAGCUGCUGCCGGAGAGCGCUGCCUUCUUUCCUGGGACAAUUUGGACUUUAAAACAAACACCCGUGAGUACUUAGAAUCUGAACAAAUGGGAUAUUAAAUAAAGAUUUGUGAAAAGGACAGAAUUGGACUUUAAAAAAAAAAAAUCUACUGAAUUUGGUACGGAGCGGGAAGGGCUAAACAGGAAGUCACCCUUCCGUUCUUUUGUAUAUAGAACAAAGCAAAGGCAAUUCACACUAGAGCUCAGAAAAUCGAUUUUAAAAGAAUGAUUUCAACAUUUUAAAUUGGGAAUAUUUUUUUUUGGACUAUUUGAAGUAACUGUAAAAGGAAGUUAUUUUCCUCCGUCCUGAUCCUGGAGCGGGGGUGUCAGGACUGACGUGAGUUUACCAAGAUAAUUGUUUUUUGACAGACAGCUAAAAGAAGAGAAAUUUGGUGAUUUUACUGUUCCCUUUCUCACUCUAAAGGAAUAUAUAUGGACAAAGUAUCCUAUGUAUUUUGGGGAAAAAAGGGAAACUUUGUAGCAAAAACAAAUAUAAGUCUUCCCCCUAGGGGGAGCUUUUGAAACUGUAACUAACUCCAAGGAAUUGACAUCUGUUACAAAAUAACCGUGGGAAAGUGUUUGAUUGUGCAGAGCAAUGUUUUCAGAAAUCUUGGUGCGCGUUCUUUACAAAACAAAUGCUCUACUGGAAGAACUACAUGAUAAGGUGAACUGGAUGGUCAUUUCGACUAGAAAUCUUAAACAGGCAGUGGAAUGUCUUGAUCAGACUGUGGGAAAACAUGUGGAGCCUACCCAGGAUUCAAACCAGGAGUGUGUUUUGACAGAACAGGAGUUUGUGGCAUUAAAUCAGCAAUGUGUUUUGACAGAACAGACCCAACAGGAGUAUGAUCCUUCAGAUUGGACAAAUGAACUUGGAAAAAGCCAGACUUGGAAAGGGAAAGUUCGGUGUGGCUUGGAAAUGGGGGGCUGGAUUGACCCCCCUAUGCUGGGAUGUCUGGACUUUUUAAAUAUGGUAAUGGGCUGCGAUAUGAUUGGGACUGUGGGGGCUCUCAACUUUGGAGGGCCCUUGAAACAUGCUUUUAAAUAUUACAUGGAAUGCAGCGAUGAAUAUGGAAAAGGGUCUGAUCUGAUGAGAAGGGCUAAAAACAUUACUAAGCUGGAGUUACCACGAGCAAGAGACAUUGUCAAGCUGGAGUUAUCACGAGGAGACAAGGGAAAUUACAAGCUGCGGAAGGGCCAUGGAAGUGACUUGAGGGCCUCGGACAUAAGGUUGCCGGGUUAAUAAGGACUGACAAAUCCUGGAACCAGGAGAAAGGGACGUUGGAUAAAGAUUGGACCUGUUUAUAUCUUUCUUUUUCUUUUUUUAUUAUCAGAAUGUUUUACAAAGUUGAUGAAUGAUAGAAAAAUGUUGGAAGAAAUUACCUGGCUUUAGUAAAGAUGCAUAAAGAAUUAAGAAAGAAUAUUAUUAUUAUGAUCAUAAGAAGCUGGUAAGGUUAAGACUUAAGUUUUAAACUUUAAGGUUUACUUUAUUAUAGAAAGAUAGGAUUAAAUUAGUCAAGGGUAAGGUAAUGAUAGAAUUUUAUGAAACAUGGGGAAAGGAUUUGCUGGGAUAAUUAAUAACUAGAAUACAAAGGAAGGGAGGAGGAGGAGGUCUAAGAAAGAAGGUAAUGACAGUUAAGGGUCUGAAAAUAAUGAACUUGUUUUGUUUUUUCUUUAUUCUUUUUUCUGUAUUUUCUAUUUUUUUGUAUUUUUAUUUUUUGUACUUUUACUUUUUGUUCUUGUGCAAUUUUUGCAUCCUUUGAAAAUUUUAAUAAAUAUCAUUAAAAAAUAAAUAAAUAAAAAUAAAUCAGACUGAACGCAGGCUUCUUGCUAAUCUCUAACAGCCUUUAAUGAGAAGAAAAACAUCAUAAAUCAGUCCCGGCGAGAGAGCAGGCAUUUAUUUCGUCUCUCAGCCAAAAACGAAAGGAAACUCACACACAAAGAAAGAUUCCCGUAUGUGAACCAAACCACGCCUCAGAAUGUGAGACAUCACACAGAACUGUUUAACCCUGUAAGUUCUGAUUCUCCUCACACCCCCUCUCGUCUCGCAUCCUGAGAGAAAACUGUGAGUAUAACUCACCCCAAACACAACCCUUCACAGAACUCCCCAUGUCGCUGGAAGGUCAAGGGUUUGGUAAACCCAUCAGCUAGGUUCUCCCGGCUCGAACAAUACUUGAGCCGUAUCCAACCUGCUUGGACACUCUGACAUACAUUCUGGAAACGUAUGUCCAAAUGCUUGGUUCUGGACUUGAACUGUCCAGAUUCUGCCAACCUAAGACAAGGUUGAUUGUCUCCCCAAACAGUUAUGGGCAAGUAACAAUCCCCACAGAUCUCUUGGAUCAAGCACCGGUAGAAGUCCAACUCCCUGCACAAAUCCGACAACGCACUGAACUCAGCCUCAGUGGAAGAAAGUGCAAUAAGACUUUGCUUCCGGGACUUCCACCCAACCAGCCCAGACACAGACUUCCUGUCCCCAAGAGAUGCCCAAUCGCUGUCACUCCAGCACGUAAGCCGUGCGUCACCUUCAGCUGACAAUGUGAGGCAAAACUCCUUGGUAUCCUGCAAAUACCUCAACACUCUCUUGAUGCCUUGCCAGGCAUUCACACUGGGCUUUGUAGCCUCCCUGCUGAGCAGAUUCACAGCAAAUGCUAUGUCUGGUCUGCUCCACUGAGAGAGAUACAACAGACUCCCUAGCGCUGACUGAAACACCUCAGGGUUUUGGAACUCAGAACGCUCCCCAAGCUGACUGUCCUUCACGAAGUUGGUCUCCAUGGGCAUUCUGACCCCUGCACAGUCAGACAUCUGGAACUUCUCAAGCAACUGCUCAAUCUUGCUUUUCUGACUGAGCAAGAAACUCCCGUUCUCAGACCUGUCUAUCCUAACGCCUAGAUAAACCUGAACGGGACCAAGGUUUUUGAGCUUAAACUUCUUACCAAGCUCUUUGGCAAAACCUUGCACCUGUCUACUUGUCUGUGCCACGUACAGAAUAUCAUCUACGAACACCAGAAUUGCCUCCUGUGUCUCUUCUGACCCCUUCAGGUACAGGCAACUGUCUGCAAGACUCUUCUGGAAACCCAAACUUUCCAGAGCUUCAUUCAGGCACAUGUUCCAAUUUCUGGCUGACUGUUUCAAACCAUAAAUUGACUUGUGCAGCUUCCACACACCUGGCUCAUUGCCCUCAAACCCUGGAGGAGGUAACAUGUACAGAUCCUCCUUCAGAUCCGAGUUCAAAUAAGCCACAUCCACAUCAAAGUGGUGCACUUGGUGCCCUCUUUGAGCAGCUACUGCUAAAAGCAUGCGCAGAGUCUCACUCCGGGACGUAGGAGCAUACACCUCGGUGUAAUGCAGCCCCCUCCUCUGCGUGAACCCUCUGGCUACAAGCCUCGCCUUGUACUGUGGUUCUCCAGACGCUGUGGGCUUAAUCCUGUAAACCCAACGACAGCUCACAGCCUGCUUGCCCUCUGGCAGCUUCGUGGUGGAGAACACACCUAAGGACCUUAUUGAGUUCAACUCCUUUCCCAUUGCCUCUUGCCACUUCCUGGCUUCUGCUUCAGGCAACUGUUGAACCUCCUCAAAACUCUCAGGUUCGCACUGCGCUAAACCAACCCACACGCUGGUGACCUCAAACCUCUCAGGUGGUACCCCUUUGUAGUGCGUGUGGAACGUCUGAGCACUGUCUCAGGUGCUCCCUCUGACCCACUGGGGCCAGCAAGUGUGUCCUUGUUAUCAGAAGACUCCCCCUCUGACUUACUGCGUCUUCUGGCCUUCUGCACUUGACUAACGGGAAACGAAGGCUCACUUUUGGACUCUCUUUUAACAACCUGUGGAGAUGCCCCUCCCUGUUCUUGACCCUGGUCAGAGACCUGGUCCUCAUCAACAGGUACAGCUUCUAACUCUCCCUCCUCAGCAGAAUCAGACAGACACUCUGAGAGAACGUCAGGAUUCCCAUGGAUCCUUGACCAACCACUCUGCUCACAGAACUCAGCACUCCUGCUGACUAGAAUCCUGGACUGAUCGCCUUCUGGAUAGGCAAACCUCCACCCUUUUGUCCCAGGCUCGUACCCACAAAAGAUCAUUUUCCGGGACCUCGGGUCACCUUUCUUGUGUUGAGCCUUUGGCACAAGCACCCAAGCUUCGCAACCAAACACACGGAAGAAAUGCACCUUGGGCUUCUUCCGGUGCAGCAGAAAAUAGGGUGUGUCUCCUACAACAGAGCUAUAGGACCUGUUCAAAGUGAAGCUGGCAGCUUUCCAAGCUUCGGCCCAAAAGCUCUGAGGCAAACCAGAGUCAAACAGUAGAGCGUCAGCUGCCUCAGCUAGCGUUCUGUUCCUGCGCUCCGCUACGCCAUUCUCCUGAGGAGAAAAAGCAACCGUCAACCUGUGACUUAUCCCCUUCUGGCGGAAGAAACUCUGUAGAGCAGACCCGGUGAACUCUCCGCCUCGGUCGCUCUGAAAGCUCUGCACCUUGGUGGAAAACUGUAGUUCCACCGCCGCAACCCAGUCUUUGAUCAGUUGCGCCGCCUCGCUUUUCUGUUUCAGCGAGAAGAACCAGCUGUUCCUCGAAAAAUCAUCUGUCAGUGUGAGCGCAUACCUGGCUCCGCCCAGACUCGGCACUGGCAUGGGUCCACAAAGGUCUGUAUGCACUAGCUCAAAAGGCCUUGUGGUUACCCUUUCCGAUCUGGGAUAACUGCACCUUUUUAUCUUUGCUCUUUUGCAUGCCGUACAAUCCAAGAAUUUACCACAUGCCUUCAUCUUGCAACCCUCAGUGCAUUCUGGCAACUUCUGGAUAUAUUUCCAACAGCUAUGCGACAUUCUCCUGUGCCACAAGUGAGCACAUGAAUCAUGUGUGGGAACGUUAGCACACCGCGCCUGUGCUGUCUCAGCGUUCCCCUUACCCUCCAGAGGUGUCUCCAGAACAAAGAGGUUGUUCUGGCAUGCAACAUUGACCAGUUGUUUCCCACCCCUGGAAAUAGAACAGACAUCAUUUUCAAAGCAAACCUUAUAACCCUCCUUUACAAGAGCAGAUACAGAUAAAAGACAACACUUCAUUCCUGGCACAACGUAGACUUCCAGCUCUGCCUGUAAAAAAGAAACAAACACAUUGCCAACAGUGGUUAAUUGUCUCUGUGAGCCAUCAGCAAGAGUGACUGUUUUCCCAGUUGAAACAGCCCUGCAGUUCCAGCUGGUGAUGGCUGGCUCCUGAGUCGAUGACCCAACACAGCAUGCUGCCCUCACUGGAGUUGUCCUUCAGCAUUGCCAUGGAGGCAGCUAGGUGAUAAGAAGAACCUUCCUUCUCACUUCCUCUGUCACGUCCUCCCUUUGCAUUCCCACGCUGGCCUCCUCUCCUAAACUGGCUGCCAUGGAAAUCUGGCUGGCUGCCACGAGGACUUGGCUGACUGCCAUGGGAAGCGACCUUGGAGACAUCCUGCCCGGCCUCUCUGGCUCUCCUCGGACAGGACCGACGCAGAUGGUCAACAGACCCGCAGACAAAACAACGACGAGUGGAAAAAGCCUGAACUGUGCCUUCUGGCUUGGCCCCCCCUCUGUUACCGGCAGGGCACCCUGCGCCAGCUCAGCCCUCUCUGAGAUGGCGUUCCUCCUCGUCACACAAACGCCCAGUCACAUAUUGCAGCGUAAGAUCCGCUGGAUUCAUCGAUUCCAAAGUUAGACACAAAUUGUUAUAACUUUUGUCCAAAGAGCUGAGCAAAAUAUAAACUUUCAGUUCCUCAGUAAAGUUGACUUGCAACAGUCUCAGCUUGUUGAAAACAGAGAGCAUCUUAGUCACAUGCUGUCUGACGCAGCUUCAGCUCAAACAAGCUUCUGGUGGUGUGGAUCUUUGCCCCAGCUGUGGUCCUGUGAUGCACUCUCUCUAGUGCCUGGUAGACCUCCUGGGCAGUCUCAAGUCCCUCCACCAAAAGUAGCUGUGAGCCCUCCAAACUGAACACUAUAGCUCCUAGGGCUUUCUGGUCUUUCCUCUGUGAGGCUUGGGCAGCUGCAACAACCGCUGCUGCAGCUCCGGCUGCAGCUUGCUGUGGGGGCCCUUGGGUCGCCUCCCGCAGACCCUUGGCUACCAGCCAGGCCUUCAGCUUCCUUGACCACUCCUCCCAGUUGCUCCCAUUUAAUUUUUCAAAGGGGACUGAGAAUGACUCCUGUCCAUCUGCCAUCUUCUCCCCUGGGGCUGUGCCUACUAAUGUAACCAGCAGCUCCUCUUGGCACCCGGUCCUGAAGAUGAGAUCAUCCCCAGCAAGCUUCACUGCCUCAAACGUUAGGCAGGGGCUGCAGCUGGCUUCUCCCACACACACAGGCACGACGUGGCAACAGCUUCCAAAGCUUGGCUAGCUCCCACAACCUGCUGAGAUAAGAUGGCUCCUGGCACACUUCCCCUGUGCUGAUGGACGCUUGUGCCGAUAGGAAAAACUUGAGCUCUUAGCAGAGUUCGUAGCAGAGUUCUGCAGCGGUAGAAAGUGUUGCCUUGUGUGUGGAUAAUAAAUCAGACUGAACGCAGGCUUCUUGCUAAUCUCUAACAGCCUUUAAUGAGAAGAAAAACAUCAUAAAUCAGUCCCGGCGAGAAAGCAGGCAUUUCUUUCGUCUCUCAGCCAAAAACGAAAGGAAACUCACACACAAAGAAAGAUUCCCGUAUGUGAACCAAACCACGCCUCAGAAUGUGAGAUGUCACACAGAACUGUUUAACCCUGUAAGUUCUGAUUCUCCUCACACUGAAACCCUGGAGAGCCACUGCAAAUCAUUGUAGAUAAUAUUGUUGAAAUGUCUAUAAAAAUCCGGAUGUAUAGCAACCCAUGAAGUGUACAUUUUGGCGAAUUUCUUGAAAAAUAGCUCAAAAACUUCUUUUUUUGAAACAACAACACCUUUUGUGUCCAGAUUUUCACUCUUUAGAAUAUGGCAACCCUAAAUACUGAGGAAGAUGGGACAGUGGUCUGAUCAAGCAUAAGGCAGCUUCCUGCAUUCUUCUGUAGUGCCCAAAAUGCUUUAUGUGAGAAUGCUGCCAAUUGGGACCCCUGACCAUUAGGUCCAGUGACGGAUGACUCUGGGGUUGCGGUGCACAUCUCGUUUUAUUGGCCGAGGGAGCUGGCGUACAGCUUCCACGUCAUGUGGCCAGCAUGACUAAGCCGCUUCUGGCAAACCAGAGCAGCGCACAGAAACGCCGUUUACCUUCACGCUGGAGUGGUACCUAUUUAUCUACUUGCACUUUGAUGUGCUUUUGAACUGCUAGGUUGGGAGGAGCAGGGACCAAGCAACGGGAGCUCACCCCAUCGCAGGGAUUCGAACCGCCAACCUUCUGAUCUGCAAGCCCUAGGCUCUGUGGUUUAACCCACAGCGCCACCCGCGUCCCUUGCCAAUUGCCUGAGCCACGUGUUAUUUGCAAUUCAGGGGAAUUUGCUGCUACCUUGCUGCAGAAGUUUGGUUUUCAUUAUUUCACUGAGAAGUAAAGAGAAGUGUGUCAUGUGACUAUAGAAGAUGUUGAGAAAGUGUGGUGUUCCUUUAAGGGGAAUGGUUUGGGAUUGACACAAAGGUAUUUUCGUUCUUUCCUUAAUUCCCACUGAGUAUUAUGAAAAGCAAAAAGAAGUGCACUUUCCUGUUCUUUUCUUCCUUUCCUUUACAUUUUGUAGAAGCAGGGUUCUUUUUGUUGUUAGCAAGGUUUGUCUGUUCAAAUAAAAGAAAUUAGUGUUAAAGAAAUCAAGCCUCUGAGAACCAUUGUUCCUGGUUAAGAAAUCCUUAACUGUUGCAACGGAGGCAUUAACAUCAUUUGAGAACACAGCUUUCGACAUUAAAAUAUUCAGUUAUUAAUCCCAUUGCUACAGGCCCUCGACAGAAGGACUGUUGUAAUCUGUGCUGAAAGAAGCUCCUGAAGUUCAGUGCUGCAGCAUUGUGAAAUCUUGCUUUUUUGCACAAUUAGUUCUGCUGUUUUUAGUAUUUACCAUAAAAUCUAUUCAAGUUUUGGUCUGCGAGGAAUUAAGCUGGGCCUUGAAGCCUCACCUCAAUUGCUGGAAAUCCUGGUCACCUAAAGCCCAUUGACUUCUAAAUGUAGAGGUACGGUUGUUGUGGGAUAUGAUCAUAGAUACAGGAAAUAAAGAGGAGUUUUAGCAACGACACCCUACUUUGGAGAAGGAAAGAGAAAGAGAGAGAGAGAGAGAGAGAGAGAGAGCGCAGGAGGGAAGGUUGGCAUGAAGUCUAUGAAAAGUGACAAGAACCUAGAUUUAAAAAAAAAAACAAUUCUCUCUGUCUCUUCAGGUGAUGAAAAGAGAUGUCUGAUCAAGGUGAACCCCUCACAGCAGGGAGAGACAGGGACGAUAAUGACGUUACCUCUACGGACCAUUCCUGGAGCUGGAACAAUUCAUGAGCAGAGAUGCGAGGGGGAGGAACCAGUGAGGGGAGAAAAUGGCUCCAGGGAGCUUUUAGAAGAUGCGCAUAAUGAACCCUCCUUUCGACACUCCAAAUACCAAAGAAGGUACCAUCACCACAACAUAGGACUUACGGCUUAUAAUGGAGAGGACCGCUAUGACUAUCUGAAGUGGGAGGGAAACACCUACCAAAUAGCUUUCCGUUCCCAACACCAGAAAAUCCAGACAGGAGAGAAACCUUUCAAGUGUCCUAAUUGUGGGAAAUGCUUCAGGCAGGGAGAAAAUCUGAAGAGACACCAGAGACUGCACACAGGAGAGAAAUCGAAUGAACGCUCUGAGGGUGGGCUCGCUUUCCGCCCAAGACAGAAUUUACAGAGACCUGUUCGUGCAGGAAAGAGAUGCUAUGAAUGUCCCGAGUGUGGGAAAUGUUUCUCUAAUAGAGGGACAUUGAUCAGGCAUGAGAGGAUCCAUACUGGGGAGCGACUGUUUGAAUGCCCUCAGUGUGGCCAGUUCUUCAGUCAGAGAGCCCAUUUGAUGAGGCAUCAGAGGAUCCACACAGGAGAGAAGCCACACAUGUGUCCCCAGUGUGGGAGGAGCUUUUCCCGGAGUGACAGUUUGGUAGACCACCAAAGGAAACAUCUCUGCGAGAAACCUUUCCAAUGUGCCAAGUGUGAGAAAAGCUUUAGCCAAAGAUGCAGUCUCAUUAAGCAUCAGAGGACCCACAUAACCGAGGCUGUACUCUGA